AUGCCUACUGCAAUCCCAGUCCCGCCUCUCUCCCUGCCCACCUAUCUGCAACUCGAACUUUCCUCGGAGCGCCCAUCAGCUCUCUACAUACAUCGUUCGGCGAGCAGCGACUUUCCGUACGAGUCCUCAAAAGUGAAGUUCGAGCGCCUAUACAACUUCCUGGCUUUGCCACCUCAGUUGGAGCAGACUCUGGUCUUCGGUGCUUUGGCAUGUUUGGACGCCUGGCUUUAUACCUUCACUAUCUUGCCCCUGAGGUUCUUGAAGGCUAUCGGCAUUCUUGUAAAGUGGUGGGUACAAAGUAUGAUCAAGGAGUUCAGAGAUAUCAGCUCCUUCAUAUACUCUGGCUUGGGUCUUCCUCCAAAACUCAAAAUCCCUAAUCCGCUGUACCGUCACAGGCGAUCCAAGUCUACACCCUCCGCUCUGCUUCCAAACCAUAAAGCUGACCUUUUACAUGGUGCGCUGAUCAUCAUCAGCUGUAUGAUUCUUGUGCAGUUCGAUGCCAGUCGCAUGUACCACAAGAUCCGAGGACAGGCUGCCAUCAAGCUGUAUGUCAUCUACAAUGUCCUGGAGGUUUUUGAUCGCCUUUUGUCAGCUAUAGGUCAGGAUAUUAUUGAAUGUCUGUUCUCGAAAGAGACUCUCGAGCGCAAGCCGAACGGUCGCAGCAAGCUUCUGCUGCCCCUAGGCAUGUUCAUACUUGCUCUGGCUUACAAUGUCGCACAUGCAGCUAUGCUCUUCUACCAAGUCGUCGCACUGAAUGUCGCUGUCAACUCCUACUCUAAUGCUCUACUUACGCUUUUGAUGUCUAAUCAGUUUGUUGAGAUCAAAGGAACUGUCUUCAAGAAGUUUGAGAAGGAGAACUUGUUCCAGCUGACGUGCGCAGAUGUGGUGGAGAGGUUCCAGCUUUGGCUCAUGCUACUCAUCAUUGCUCUGCGCAAUAUUGUCGAGGUUGGUGGUCUAAACAUGAGCUCAUCCAGUAGUGGCUCUACGACGACCUUCAGCCCAAACUCGACAGGAUCACCUAUCCAAAGUACGAGCAUUCUUCCACAAGCCUUCAACAUGUUCCCAACAGGUUUUGGCCAGAUCUUGGGGCCAUUUGUGACUGUCAUUGGCAGUGAGAUGAUUGUCGAUUGGGUCAAACACGCAUACAUAUCCAAGUUCAACAACAUCAAGCCGAGUCUUUAUGGUCGUUUCCUGGAUGUGCUGACAAAAGACUACUACUCACAUGCUUUUGCUGACCAAAACUUGACUAAACGACUUGGUCUGCCUGUGCUUCCUCUUUCUUGUCUCUUCAUCCGCGCUUCGGUGCAGACCUACCACAUGUUUAUCGCUACACAUAUGCCACUGCCUAUGCCUUCGACUGCUACAGCGAUCACCUUGGAGACAUCCUCUGGGGAGACUUCACCCUCUACCACGGCUGCACUCGCGCACAUUGAUCAGAUCUUCAGGAGAGCAUUGGGUCGAUCAUCUUUUGGAGCAGGCGCUGACGCCGUUACUGGUGCCAGCUCCUGGCGCUUUUGGACGAUCGACGACGCAAUCGCUCUGGGCACUAUGCUCGUCUUCUUCCUCAUCAUAUAUCUUGUUCUACUCGCACUAAAGCUCCUGCUUGGUAUGAUUCUAUUGAGUUUUGCGCGCACACGAUAUCGCAAGAUGAAGAUGCAAGAGCAAAAGAAACAGAGUUUCGACACUCAAGGUCGCAGAGUCGGUGGCUGGGGAGCUGUCGAAGUGGAUGAAGACAAACGACGAUGGAUUUACGAGGAUGACCCUGAGGGUCUGAAGAAUUUGAGGGAGAGGGAAGCCAAAGGCAAAGAAAAGGCCAAGGGUGAAGUGAAACUCGAUGGAGUAGAUAGAUAUAUGAUGGCUGCGAAAAGGAUUUGGUAG